GGCUCGACGGUCCCACCGAGAGUUGAAUGGGAUCCCAGCGUGAUCUGGCACACGGGCGGGAAGGGAGCGCAACACACGUCCUGGACGAGGUUUGAGCCAAAAGCACCGUGCUGCCCGACUUUCAUCGACAUUCCUUCUCCUGCCCGGCCCGCAGGACCGAGCCAACCGAUUCGCGGUGCGUAAUUACGCAUCGGGACGACACACAUCGGCUGUGCUUUUCGGCGUGGAAACCCCGCGGACAAAGAAAGGCAGGCGGGCUGUAGUAUAAGCUACUUGAGAAGAGAGGACUACAGUUCGAGGAGAAAUAGGGAAGUCUGGAGUCGGAAGUGAUUUGUCUAUUUUUUGUUGUCGGAGAUGUAAGUUGCGGCCAGGAUUUCGGGGAAAAGGCGAAUCUGUCUCCUGGAAAUCAAGGAGAAAAAGACAACGUGGAGCGGUGGUGAGUGGAAUCCGUCCUAAAAAGCAUCCAGAUCCUCGGAGCAUGGGGCCAUCAUCAACAGCACCAUCACCCCCAACAUGACCUUCACCAAAACAUCCCAGAAGUUUGGCCAGUGGGCCGACAGUCGUGCCAACACCGUUUAUGGUCUGGGCUUUUCCACAGAGCAGCAGCUGCAGCAGUUUGCAGAGCAGUUUAAGGAGGUGAAGGAGGCGGCCCGUCUGGCCAGAGAGAAAUCUCAGGAGAGGUUUGAACUGGCCAACCCUGCACUCGACAUUGCAGCUCCAGAGCUCUCCCAGCUGUCAGAAGAGCGACAUUCUCCCCCGCUGCUCACAGUCAACGGGCCCGGCGAGGAAAAGCUGUUCCGCAGCAGGAGUGCUGAAGUGGAGCUGACGGCGGAGAAGGAGAGGGUCAAAAAGAUGCUGUCUGAAGGGUCCAUGUGUGAGAUAAAUCUGGAGGCGGAGCUCUUCACCCUGCAGGAUAGUAACUCUAAGCUGGUAGAAGCACUGCAAGAAGCCAACAGCAGUGUGGAUCAGUGGAAGAAACAGUUGGCUGAAUACCAGGAGGAGACCGAUCGCCUCAGAGACCAGGUGGCAGAGCUUGAGGCUCAGCUGGGACAUCCUGCUGCUGGUCAGACGGAGGAGCUGAGUCGAUCAUUGGAGGAGCUGGAAGCCCUGCUGAGUGCCAAAGAUCAGGAAAUUCACAAUCUACAGAGCAAGAAAACCGAUGUGCGUGAGCUGGAGAAGGAAAGAGAAGCGGCCAUGCAGAGACUCCAGGAUCUGGAGAAACAAAACGCUGACUUGGAGGAGCGGGUGCAGAGUGCUGAGAAGACGCUGGAGUCGAGCCGGGAGGAGCAGAGCCACUCGGAGGUCGAGGUCCGACGCGUCAUCGACGUCCUUGAUGUGAAAAUCGGCGACCUGAGCGACUUGAGACAGAGCCUCGCAAAGCUCAUCGACAAAUAGCCACAGGUGCAGGUGGGCUGCAUCUCCACAGUCAGCACAGGUUCCACCGUGUGGCCUUGAUUUGUGUCUUACUGGUUCAUCAGCAGAGCAAAAAUGCAACAGUAGGCGUCGCACGGUGUUAUUCCCCAGAAUAAAAAGUCCCAUUGACACUGUAAAUUUGGUGUGCUUAUCAAAAACACUACAGUGUGAUCUGACUGGUUACUACUUGUUUUUCCACAUUCCCAUCAGCAUAAUGUCUUUUUAGGCCCUGCAGAUGAUGUAUUUACAGCAGUUUUUUACUCACCAUCUGACAUCAUUCAACUCUCCAAAAAGCUUUUGAUCAAUAUGUUCUGCAAGAGCUUCUUCUCUCUCAGGCCGUAACAAUCCAGUGUAUUUUGUCAAAAUGUUACCAAGCCGAUGGCUUUUUCCGUCAUGGACUAAAUUGUUUAGGAUAGUAUUAUUCUUGUCUCAAAAGUAUUGAAUUAAAGAUUAGUUGGUAUGAAAUAAUAAAAAGCGUCGUUUUAAAGGACCCAUCACUGAGUUUAAGCUUGCUAUUUUGCAAAAGUGGUCAUUUCAACGAGUAUCAAAGCCUUUUGUACUUAUUGGUGUGUUUCGGGUAAUGACUUUCUCAAUUAAGAAGGCAGACUAGCACUAAAAGCAGAAAGGACUCAAAAGAAAAUGGCAGCGCUGUUCCUGCGAGGUCUACUAUUCGACCACGACUGAGCACAGACCAUAAAACUGCACUUGUGUUACAGCAGGACCCCUAUCUGGAUUUCAGAUGGUUGUAAAAUAAACCUUUACAGACACUAAAAUAAAGACUAGCUAUACCUGUAAAAUGUCUGCUUUUGCACAAUAGCAACCCCCGAGUUCAUGUUAAUGUGACACCCUUCCUUUAACACUGUGGAGAUGCACCCAGUGGGAGUUUUUGGUCAGUAUAAGGACUCAAUGAGGCAAAGAGCCUGAAUAAAGUAUGUUCCAGUUCACCAUCAGCAACCUGGGCUGGUCUAACGCCAGCCAGAACAUCAACCAACGCAAGAGAUGCAACAACCUGCUCUCAUUUUGUCCUCUGAGGAUCAUCAGCAUACCUCUUGUUUUUUUGUUGUUCGUGUUUUAUUAGGAUUGGUCUUUUCUCACCACUUUAAAUCUAUUGAUGGGUUAUUCACAGUCAGGAUGGGCAUUCAGAGGCGCCUACAAGAUGCAUUUCUGCUGAAUUCAAGCUGCAGGUGGCAGGUUUGUCCUCCAGGCCACAUCGACCGGUAGGUCAGUGUUUUAAGUAAAGCUUCAGAUGCGUCACUGUGGUCAGUGGACAGUUUGCGUUUUCACCCUGUUGAUUUGAGCCUGCGAUUGCACUUGAUGAAGAUUGUGCCAAGUUUGAUUUUGUUUACAUGCGUCGAUUGUGCACAAAAUGAUCAAGUUGUACUUCAUGUACUUUUUCGGUGUUGCUCCACACGAUCAUUUACCAUAAUAGUAAUAAUAAUAACCCUCGAGAGGCUCAGCGGAGCCACACAGGAGAGAUUAUGAGAGCUCUGCAGAGCACUACUGAGGUGCGUGUGUCCACACAGUAUUUUGCAGCGUAGAACAGGAGACAGCUAGAGAUUAAAAGCACAAGUGCAGUAGUUUCGCAAGUAGGUACUUCAUAGACUGACCUGUCAGCUGUAUGUGUCCAUCUGAUGCACAGUAGCUCUGCUUCAAAUAAGCAUGACAAAUAAUCUUUAGGCAAUGAUGCAGUAACUGUCAGUCGUGCCUGUGAUUGUGUUCCCUGCGAUUUAUUUCUUGGAAUGGGAUCUAUUUUCAACUGUUGGUUUACUUUUAACCACAACUUAUAUUAUAGCUUAAGUACUUUUCUCUUACCUAACAGAAUAUCACGUAUUCAGUCCAACAAGUCGAGUACAGUUAAUGUUACUGCAUGAUGUUGCUAUGCUCACAUUACGAGUUUAUAUUGUACCUUCAGUAAAUUAGGAUUGUUUUUCAUUUUCACACGGCACAACGGAGUUCUAAACAGCUGCUAAAUGCUAGCACCGCUACAUUAGCAAUAACGUUUAUGGCAUAGAUGCUUGUUUGAUUAAUAUAAGCAGUUUAUAAGUAAUCAAACCUCUGCAGAGCCUGUUCUUGUGCUUUCCCCCCGCUUCACUAGAUAUUAAAUUCCUUCCAGCCUAUUAAGCAUGAAGGAAAUGUGGAGCCCAUCUGCUCCUCAAAGUUGAUGAAACACUUCUCAUUCAUGCAUUAGUGUAAAUACAGAGUGGUUCCUGUGUACACAGAAAAGGACCAGUGUGAAACCUCUGGAUCAAUGGGUACAUGUACCAAACCACAUGGAAGUGUCUACGGUUAUGCUCGGGUGUCUUCAUUUUCUAAUAGUAAGGGACAUAGAUCUAAUUGUGUAUCGAGAACUUAAGUGUUAGUGAUGUACAUUCGUACCACCAACAGCACACACACACACUAGAAUGCCUUUUUAAAGAUUACUAGUACCAAAGACGCACCACCAUCACGCAAAAGCAGCAACUGGAAUAAACUGCUGCAUUAUGCUGAAGGACACCUCAUAUUUUACAUUAAGUCAUGAUUUUAACAGCUCAGUGUAAAAUUUGAUUUAAAAUACAUAAUUUGGGUGCGUUUCAUCGAGGGAUUGGUAACAUGACAUGUUCACUUCAAGGCGGCUGUGUUGUCAUUUUACAAACUGAAUGGGAGUGGUAGUUUGGUAUUUGAUAUUGUGAAAUAUAUUUGUAUAGAACUGUUUAACAUUAAAAUCAUCCAAUGUCA